GAAAUUGAAAACAAUACGGAAAAUAAUAGUUAAUGAAUUGAGUUUUAGUUUUAAUAUAUAAAUACAUAGUGUAUAGUAUAGUGCCAAAGCUUGGAAAAUUAUUUACAUCGACGUUCGUCGUCUCAUUCGUCGUAUUGACGUUUGAUUUUUUCCAAGGCAGCUGCACGCCCUUCAAAUCUUGCAUUUGCACAAAGUCCAAAUGAAUUUUUGCCUGCAAUGGGAUCGCAGACCUUGGAGAUUCUGCGCCAAGGAGUGUGGGCUUCAUUGACCGGUGGAUGGUUCUACGAUCCGCAUCAAGGUGUCUUUUGUAACGUUGUGCAUUUGUAUUUGUGGCUUUUCCUACUCUGCUCCCCAUUCGUUGCAUACUUGUAUUUUCCUGGAACUUGGAUAUCAUGGUUUUUGUACUGUAUUGGCACCAGUCUCACAAUUUUAGGUGUAAAAUUAGUUAACAUGGCACUGCAUCGAUUAUAUGAUCGCGCACAGACUAUGUCCGACACAAAUUUAAAAAAUCAGUUUUUUAAAGUUACUAAAGAAACUGAGCCACGUGAGGAUGAGGCUGGUAUUGAAAUGAAAGUAAUGAGAAAUGAUGGCUCAGUGGAGCAGGCAAUUAACGAGGCCAGUGAGGAAAAUAGCAUGAUGUCCAUUGAAAACGUUAACAGUAUAAUAGACCUCAAGGUGGAUGUGCAUCGCAAAAAUAGUUCAGAGUCAAUAGAACUGAUGUUCUACGCGCCAUCAGUGAUGUCAUCAAAUAGCCAACAAGAUCAGCAAUCAAUAUUUGGUUCUGCAAGUGUUACUAAAUCCAUACGUUCUUCCAGUGCUGUACCUAACUGCGUUAUAAGCGGUGAAGCAAAUACAAAAUAUUUAACAGUUUAUCCUGAAGAUGAUAACGAAAAUUCACCUCGACCCAGUACAAGCAAGGCUGCCUCUGCCAGUAUUGCAUCUAACGCAGCGCUCCCAAACAAUAGUACACUACGUCAGAUAAAUUUAUUACGCAAAUCAUCCGAAGAUCAUAAGAGGCGACGACAAAGGCGACGUCCUGAGAGGCAAAGCAGUCUCGAUGCAAGUGCGGAUUCAACCAUCGUGCCAAAGUUAGUACGAAAUCAAUCGGACACAAUUGCUACUGCACCCGGUAGUAUAAUGCGUACUGCAACAUUUUUGUAUCCGCAAAAUAAUACACAAGAUGAUACUUCAGCCGUAAGGAAUCGAAAUAAAUCAAAUACCACUGAAUCAAAUGCUCUACAUAAAACAUCUUCCACAAUCACAUCUACAUCAAACAUACAACGACUAUCAACUACAACAACGAGUUUGUCCGGCAUAGCUACACCAUCAGUAACAACGAGUACAUCUGCUGUUGUAGUUAAUCCACGAAGUUCACGUUUGCAUCGCCAUCGCAGUUCCGAAACUCAUGAUGAACGCAUCAAAUGUAAUCGUAAUUUAUUCUUACCCAUACACCAUGUAUCAUCAGCUGCAAUUGGCGGCGGCAUUUCAGACAUAGAUGAAUUAGAAUUAAGUUUAGGUGGUAGUGCGCAAGGUGUAGAUGGACGUGGACGUACGCUGAAAUCAUGGAUAUUAGGUUCUUCAUCUGAUGUUUACAUAGAAGAUGAUAGUUAUACAAAAUCCGAUUUAGGCAUUGAACAAAUUGAUGGAAGAUCAAGUAACGCAAGUGGUAGAGCGGUGUUAUUACUACAGCAACAACAACAGCAAUUAAAUUCACAUUAUCCACAUCAGCAUCAAUACCGCGCACACCAUCAUAGCACCAAUAUACGUAAAGAUUCCAACAACACCGAUGAUGGUGAACGUUCUGGUCGUGUAAUUGUGGUGGUUACUCCAGAAUACAUCAAAAAAGUCCAGAAAUUGGUUAUAUCUGACCGUAAAUUGAAAUUGGAGCAGUGUUGCUAA